GACACGCUACCUUUGCUUCACUAGGGUCUUCUCCAAGGAAAAUAGUCAUUUAGGAAAUGUGCUGGUGGACAUGAAGUUGAUUGACAUUAAAGAUACGCUGCCCGUCGGCUUUAUCCCGAUUCAGGAGACAGUGGACACACGAGACGCACCUAUGUAUUAAAGAUCAUCAAAGGUUACACUGCCCUAGGGUGAGUCAAGUCUUCUACUCGAACUUUAAUUCAAAAGCAAGAGGGGUCGCUAUUUUAAUUGACAAAAGGUUAUAAUUUUCGUCCACUAACUUUAUCGCUGAUGCGAACAGUAGAUAUAUUAUAGUUGCUGGUACUCUAAUGCAAAGGCAGGUAUUGUUGGUAAAUGUUUUCGCUCCAAACUUUGAUGUGGAAUUUGCUAAUAGAUUGUUGAGCAAUCUCCCUUUCUUAAAUACUCACCUGCUGAUUUUCGGUGGAGAUUUAAACUGUGUAAUUGACCCAAACUUAGAUCGGUCUAAUCCCUGUACUCUGAAUCAAUCUGCAAUGUCUAAAACAUUUUCCGAUUUUCUGUGUCAGAAUGGUCUCGUUGAUCCAUGGAGAUCCCGUAACCCCUUUCUUAAAAAGUUUUCUUUCUUCUCCCAGGUGCAUCAUUCCUAUUCGAGGAUUGAUUAUUUUUUUCAUAGACAGCACUCUUGAUUCUUGUGUAGUUUCUUUGGACCAUUUGGGUAUUGUAAUUUCUGACCAUGCGCCUCUACAAUUAGGUAUUCUUCUUUCUAUUUAUAAACAUAGCCCACUGCCUUGGAGAUUUAAUUCUCUUCUUUUAGCAGACAGUGAAUUCUGUGAGUUCAUUUCUACUUCUAUUGAUGACUUUCUUUUCUUCAAUCAGAAUGACUCCACCUCUUAUUCAUUGUUAUGGGAGACACUUAAAUCCUAUAUCAGAGGGCAGAUUAUUUCUUAUUAAGCUUGCUGUAAUAAAAAACGCACUGCUAGGGUUAAUGAACUUACAUCUGCGAUCAGUAACCUCGAUCAAAGAUCAUUGAACCCCUCUCCAGAACUUCUUAAACUGUGUCUUGACUUGCAGGCAGAAUUUAAUCUUAUUUUGACUAAAGAGGCGGAACGCUUAUUGUUACAUACUCGUGGUUCAUAUUAUGAACGUGGUGACAAAGCCACACAAGCCACCUUUACCGAGCCUGUUUCUCUCCAAUGCCAGAUCCCUAGUGAAUAAAAUCGACAACUUGGAAUUACAACUAGCUGGAAAUCGCUACGUUCGCGACUGCUGUGUUUUGAUUAUUACUGAAACCUGGCUUCAUCCGAGGAUACCCGAUGCUAGCAUGCAGCUAGCAGGUCGUACUAUGCUUCGCUGGGACAGGACUGAGGACUCCGGUAAGAGCAGAGGGGGGGGGCUCUGUAUGUAUGUGCAUGAGAAUUGGUGUAACAACGGAACAAUGAUAGACAAACAUUGUUCCCCUGACCUCGAGUACAUGUCCUUAAGAUGUCGGCCCUUUUUUCUACCAAGAGAGCUAACAGUGGUGAUUAUCACGGCUGUGUAUAUUCCACCUGAUGCCAAUGUGAACACGGCGCUCUCUCUCCUGUUGAACACCAUAAACGAGCAGCAGCGGGCUUACCCCGACGGUGUUCACAUAAUUGCAGGAGACUUUAAUAAGGCGAACUUGAAGGCUGUACUCCCGAAAUUCUAUCAACAUGUUAAGUGUUUUACUAGAGGGGAGAACACUUUGGAUCAUGUUUACUCCAACAUUAAGCACGCGUAUAGAGCCAUACCUCUCCCCCACCUCGGCCAAUCAGACCAUCUCUCCCUCCUGCUCUCCCCUGCCUACACCCCCCUCAGACGCAGUGUCAAGACCACUAUAAACAUCACGAACUACAGAGGCCGUGAGGCGACAACAGGAGACCUGAGUGCGAUUCUGGCAGAAGAGCUAAAUUGCUUCUUUGCUCGCUUUGAAACAUCACAACAACAGCACUCAUCUGCUCCAGCCCCACCUCCACCCUCAUCUGGCCCCCGUACCAGUCCAGCCCUGCCUCCAUCCCCUUCUGGUUCCUGCACCACUCUACUUACUGUGAGGGAACACGAUGUUAGACGGAUGUUUCUGGCAGUGAACCCCAGGAAGGCUGCUGGCCCAGACGGUGUACCUGGUAACGUGCUCAGAUCAUGUGCCCACCAGCUUGCCCACAUCUUUACUCACGUGUGCCUGGAUAAAGGACUUUCUCACCAACCGGUUCCAGACAGUGAGACUCGGGCCCCACCUCUUCUCCACUCGCACGGUGAGCACAGGUUCUCCACAGGGCUGUGUGUUGAGCCCCCUCCUGUACUGUCUCUACACAUAUGACUGUAGACCAGUCUACAACAACAAUCUUAUCAUCAAGUUUGCUGACGACACCACAGUGGUCGGACUUAUCUCAAAAGGAGAGGAGGCAGCCUACAGAGAGGAAGUCCUAAACUUGGCAGCCUGGUGUUCAAAGAACAACCUGACUCUAAACACCAAGAAAACCAAGGAACUUAUUGUAGACUUCAGAAAACACAACACGGAGCUGGCCCCCCUCUUCAUUAAUGGUGAGUGUGUGGAGAAGGUCCACACCGUCCGGUUUCUUGGCGUCCUUAUCUCUGCAAACAUCUCCUGGACGGACAACAUCACAGCGGUUAUCAAGAAGGCUCAAACGUGGCUACACUUCCUGAGGGUUCUCAGGAAGUACAAUCUGGACUCCAAUCUGCUGCUGAUCUUCUACCGCUCGUCCGUCGAGAGCUUGCUGACAUACUGUAUCACGGUGUGGUACGGUAGCUGCACCGCAGCAGACAGGGAGAGGCUUCAGAGGGUAGUAAGAGCAGCGCAGAAGAUCAUUGGCUGCCCUCCCUGAGGGAUAUUUACACUUCCCGUUGCCUCAGCAGAGGAAAAACUAUCAUUAAGGACAGUUCUCACCCUGGCUUUGAUCUGUUCAAUCUGUUGCCCUCAGGGAGACGUUACAGGUGCAUCAAAACAAGGACUAGUAGAUUUAAGAAUAGUUUCUUCCCGAAAGCUAUUACCAUGAUAAACAAACACAUGUACUGAGUCCACAGCAUAUGUAUAUAUUGUCUCAAAAACUGUGCAUUUCAUAGUACCUCCCCCAUCCACCCCAAUAUCUAUCUAUCUUGCAUAUCUAUCUUGCAUAUAUUGUAUAUCUUGUUUAUUUAUUUUGUUUAUUUAUCUUGUUUAUUUAUCUGUGUAUUAUCUGUUUAUUCUUCUUGUGAAUUGAAUGUAUAUGUUUGCACGGAACAAAAAGGAGUGGCUCUUAAUUUCAUUGUACAUAUGUAUAGUGACAAUAAAAGGCAUUCAUUCAUUCAUUCAAGCCGAGUCGUUUACUGGCACAUCAGCUACGGCGACAGGUCACUUCCCGUCUCAUACCUAGUAUAAAAAACACUUAUAAUAUUGUCACUACAGAUCCCAUGGAAAUUAAUGCUACUUUUAAAUCGUUUUACUCUUCGCUUUAUAUGUCCAAAUUUCCAACAGACAAUACUUAAGUGAAUGCAUUUCUUCAAAAUCUUUGUAACCCUGUUAUUGAUUCGAAUACUGCUAUGCAACUGGACUCCCCACUCUCUCUUGAAGAAAUUUUAAUUUCAGUUAAAACUAUGCAAUCUAACCAAGCUCCUGGCCCGGAUGGGUUUCCAAUUGAAUUUUUAAAAACGUUUAUUGGAAAAUAAGCUCCAUUGCUUUUAGCUAUGUUCAACGAAUCUUUGGAAUGUGGGUCUUUGCCUCCAACAUUGACACAACCCACGAUAGCUCUGCUUCUUAAGGAGGGUAAGGAUCCAUCCUCCUGCGGUUCUUAUAGACCGCUGUCUCUGCUUAAUGCAGAUGUAAAGGUGUUGGCGAAAGUAAUGGCAUCUCGUUUAGAGAAUGUACUCCCUUAUAUUAUAUCUGAAGAGCAGAACGGUUUUAUAAAUGGAUGUCAAUUGUGUUUUAAUACCUGUACACUCUUUAAUAUAAUUUAUUCAAAGCAUUUGUCUGUGCUCCCUGAGAUUGUGAUUUCAUUAGAUGCUGAAAAAGCAUUUGAUAGGGUUGAGUGGGAGUAUUUAUUUGCAGUCUUGAAGUUUGGAUUUUAUUUAUUUAUUUCUUGGAUUACUCUCCUUUACUCAUCCCCUAAUGCCAGGGUUCAGACAAACGAUAUUUAUUCGGAUUAUUUUGCUCUUGGACGAGGGUGUCGUCAAGGUUUUCCUUUAUCCCCUCUGCUUUUUGCUGUCGCUAUCAAGCCGCUGUCUAUUGCACUAAAAUCUUCUCCCUUGUUUAAAGGAAUAGUUUAAUACGGUAUAGAAUACAAAUUGUCGCUAUAUGCUGAUGAUUUGUUGUUGUAUGUAACCGAUCCGAUUGCCUCUAUGCCAGCUGUCUUGGGUGUUCUGGAGUCCUUUGGUGUUGUCUCUGGUUAUAAAUUAAAUUGAGAUAAAAGCGACUGUUUUUCUGUCAAUACUGCAGCAUUUUCUCUCCAACAGUCAGAUCUACCGUUUCGAUUUAGUCAGUCAAGUUUUAAAUACCUAGGUAUCAACGUGACACGUUCUUUAUCUAAUCUUUUAUCAGCUAACUUCACUCCCCUUAUCUCAAAGGUUAAAUCUAACAUUCAGAGAUGGGGUAACUUGCAUCUUUCUCUAAUUGGCAGGAUCAAUGUUGUCAAAAUGAAUAUAUUACUGAAGUUUAUUUUCUUGUUCCAGCAAGUGCCUCUUUCUCUGCCAAAAUCAUUCUUCGAUUCAUUGGAUAAGAUAAUUAGUACAUUUAUUUGGGGAGGGAACCCACCAAGGGUUAGUAAAUCUUUACUGCAGAAAUGUAGACUUAGUGGAGGACUUGCAUUACCCAAUUUUUAAUUCUAUUACGGGGUUGCGCACAUUCAUAAACUUUGCUACUGGGUUAAAUCUCCUGGAUCUUCUUGGUCUAAAUUGGAACUAUCUUCUUGUAGGGAAUCCUCUUUACCUGCUUUGCUUUACUCCUCUUUACCUACAAAACUCUCCCUAUAUACUUAUAAUCUAGUUGUCCUCAACACACUUAUGAUUUGGUAUCAAUUUAGACGGCGCUUUAAAUUUGUAGGUGCAUCCUCUUUGGGUCCCUUAGUCUACAACCAUCUAUUUCCUCCAUCGUGUUUGGACUCCACAUUUUCAGUAUGGUAUAACAAGGGUAUUAAACAAGUUAGAAAUUUGUAUGCCGAUGGUGUGUUUGAUAGCUUUGCCAAUCUGGCAUCCACUUAUGACCUCCCUGUGACGCAUUUUUUUCGGUAUUUUCAAAUUCGGAAUUUUGUUUCUAGAUGUUUUCCUGAUUUUUCCCUCUGCGCCUCCUGAACAGGCUUGGGAAAGGUUGUUUUCAAACAAUCCGCAUCAGAGAGGAAUGAUUUCUAGGAUUUAUGAUUUUAUUCUGGUGCUAGGUAGUGAGUCGAGUAACAAAAUUAGGAAUGCGUGGGAAACGGAGUUAGGAGUACAGAUAAGUGAGGAGUGUUGGGAACAUGCUAUAGGGAGGGUACAGCCUACCACUUCUUGUGCUUGUCUUGGACUUAUACAGUUCAAAGCUUUAAAUAGAGUCCAGCUAUCCAAGUCGAGACUUUCUGUGAUGUAUCUGGACGUAGAGGACAAGUGUGAUAAAUGCCAUGGCUCUCCCUGCCAUCUUGGCCAUAUGUUUUUCUUCUGCCCUGAUCUCCGUGGUUUUUGGUCUGUUUUUUUUUACCAUCAUGUCCACUAUUCUCAGGGUAGAUUUAAAACCUUGCCCAUUAAUUGCUGUAUUUGGGAUUCCUGAUGACUCAGUUCCAUUGAGCUCGAUACAAAAGGAUGUUAUUGCUUUCCUUAUAGCAAGACGUUCCCUACUGUUGCAUUGGAAGUCUGCUAAAUACCCAUCUAUCUCCCAGUGGCUAAAGGACAUGAUGUUUUUUUCUAAAACUCGAGAAAAUAAGGUAAACGAUGAAGGGUUGUACGGACAAGUUGUGUUUUUUUUUUUUUUGUUUUUUUUUUGUUUUUUAUAAAUGGCAUCUCUUUAUCGUAUACUUUAUGGCGUUACAGACACUUCCCACUUAAAUUUUUGUUCCUGUUGUUGGGUCAUACAAUAUCUAUAUAACCAGCGACAGUUAUUGGGUAGCCAUGAUGAGCCGGGGGGGGGGUACUUUUCAUCUUGUUUUCCUUUGUUAGUAUAAAAAGAAAAAAAACCUGUGAAUGUUUACUGCUGUGUGUUGCUCAAUUUGUUUGUUUUUUCUUCUCACUGGAAUAUUUGGGAAAGGGAGGGGAGGAGAGAAGAGAAAAGGUGAUGUUCAGCAGACAUGUUUGGUAGACAUGUUCAGCAGAAAUGUUUAGUUCAGCAGAAAUGUCCAGCAGAAAUGUUCAGCAAAAAUGUUCAAUAAAAAUGAAACUGGAAAAAAAAGAAGAGGCUUCCUUCUGGGACGCUGUAUCGUCUUGGCCACUGUGCUGCAGCUCAGUGUCAGGGUCAUGGCAAUCUUCUUAUUGCCUGGGCCAUCUUUAUGUAGAGCUACAAUUCUUUUUUUCAGAUCCUCAGAGAGUUGUUUGCCAUGAGGUGCCAUGUUGAACUUCCAUUGACCAGUAUGAGGGAGUGUGAGAGUGAUGACACCAAAUGUAACACACCUGAGACCAUGUAACACUAACAAGUCACAUGGCACUGUUGAGGGAAGAUGGCUAAUUGGGCCCAAUUUGGACAUUUUCACUUAGCUGUGCACUCACUUUUGUUGCCAGUGGUUUAGACAUUAAUGGCUGUGUGUUGAGUUAUUUUGAAGAGACAGCAAAUUUACACUGUUACACAAGCUGUACACUCACUACUUUACAUUGUAGCAAAGUGUCAUUUCUUC